GCCAGCACUCCACUCCUGACAUGUAUUUGCAAAGAUUUUCAGCACCACCGCGCCUGUGAACAGCUCCGAGGACCGGACUCCAGAUCAUUGCGCACUUGCAGAAAGGAAGACGCCUCCGAAGGAAACAUGUCACUCGCAGUACAUUUCAAAAGCGGGAAGUUUUGUGAAAUAAAUUAAAUUUAGGAUUAAAUUCUACUACAGCCAUAUUACACCUGAAGAUUUUUUUGCAUGUCUUCCCGCUUAACCUCACCGGUGUGCUUUUUGUGAAACUGGAAAGGAAAACACGCAAAUGUCUGAUUUGGAGACAAUGAAUACUUCACUGUUAGAUUUCGCUGGCGGGAUUCAACUUUUAGACGGCGUGGAAGUCACCGUCGUGCUGCCUGUCAUUUUUGCUGGGAUUUGUCUAAUCGGAUUUGUUGGGAAUCUGCUGGUCCUGGUGGUUCUCAUUCACGAUUUCAGAAAAGGGAAGACAUCGGUCGUGAACGCGCUCCUGGUCAACCUGAGCGCUACCGACUUGCUCAUCGUGUUGUUCUGCGUCCCUGUUCGCGCUGUCACCUACUCCAGACAGUCCUGGACUCUGGGGAGUUUUGUGUGCAAGACGGCGGACUGGUUUUUGCACUGUUGCUUGGUGGCCAAAAGUUUCACACUGGCAGCGAUUAGCCAGGCCAGGUACAACUACGUCUUGAACCCGCCAAAGUUUAUACAUUUUUACCCAAAGAGAUUAAUUGGAGCCCUAGUGACGAUAUGGACAGUAUCUAUUGUCUUACCGAUCCCUCACAUGGUAUUCACUACCCUACAGCACUACAAGGAAGUUGACUUGUGCAUCUUUGAAGUCCCCUUUUACGCUUCCAACUUUAUGAACGUCUUCAGCAAGAUCUACCCCGCAGUAGCUUACGUGAUACCUGUUAUUUUCAUCGUUACGUGCUACACCAAAGCAAUCCUGCGAACAAAGCCGAGAAGAAACAAAACGCCGAAUCCGCGGCCGCAAAGCAAACGGAUCACCCUGAUGCUGGUGAGCGUCAGCUGCGCCUAUGAGCUGAUGUGGCUCACGGAGUGGGUCGCCUGGGUCUGGGCACGGCACAGCUACAGUGAGGCGCACCGGCCGCCGGCCGGAUUCAUUAUCUUCGCACAGGUGUUCUUGUAUGUCAGCAGCACGGUCAACCCCAUCAUUUUGCUGGCCAUGUCCGAAGACUUCAAAGACGGACUCGGAAGCGUUUGGGCGUGUUUGACUUGCAGGGGGACGAGAGGAGCCGGGGGCAGCCGCAGCCCGAAGACCGGAGAGAACGGAGCGGAGGUGGGAGCCAGCGUCAUCAACUCCCUCCAGGACCUGGGAAUGGUGUCCCCCAACGCGAAGACCGAGGUACCCAGGGACGCCUGUGGCAAGAUCCUGCCAGAUGUUGAACACUUCUGGCAGGAGCGGAGGAACACAACCGCGGCGGAGGACCACGACCCGAUUCCGUGGGAACGCGAGGAGAAGCAGCAGUAGAGGAGUGGGACAAUUUGCUGACCGAGAGACUCAGCGGGCGUCUGCCGCUGCUGAACAAGAUGGGUUCGGCACAAGUGGGUUAUGUUGUAAAGUGCCCCCUUUGUACAAUUUUCGGAUAAAGAGUGAUCGAUUUAUGGACAGAGUGUCGUAGAAAUGAAAAAAUGUAAAAAAAAAAAACUUUGGCAAACGACAAGUCUUUUAACGAACAGCAACGUCAACUGUUUGGUAGGUGUAUUCGCACCGAUAUCUAGAGAUUAGUUUUCACAGUGAAGUCCUUUCCCUAAUCACUAAAACCAUUAAGAGAAGUUCAGUAUUUUGGACAAGUGGGCGUGUUCCAUCGGAAAAUCGCAGGUCCUGAAAAAAUACUUGUGAAUAUUGCUACAGGUUUGGUCGGAAUCGAAUUUUCUUUUUUUGUUUUGUGGAGGUGUAUAUUUCAUUAUCAUGAGAAAACAAGUGUAGUGUUUUCUAUUUAAUUGACGACAUGGACAAAGGGGAAAUCGUGCUUGGCGCAGUCAUUUCGGAUCUCUGCGCCUCUCUAGCGCAACUCAAGCGUUGAAAUGUUCCUCAGAAAGAAAGUUACGUUAUCUAUGUCUACUGUUCGGAUAUGUAU